AAAACAUGGGAAAGUUCAUAUGUUUCUUGUCUUGUUUUCUCUCACCUCUGUUCGCGGCCUUACACGCCGCCGGAGUUUCCACGGCGGCGGCGGCGGCGCAGCCAGUGGUGCUCUCCACGGAGUCGCGGUGGAUCGUGGACGAGUCGUCGGGGCGGCGCGUGAAGCUGGUGUGCGUGAACUGGCCGUCGCAUCUGGAUGCGGUGGUGGCUGAGGGGCUGAGCAAGCAGCCGGUGGAUGAGAUUUCUCAGGAGAUUAUAAACAUGGGGUUCAACUGUGUCAGGCUGACGUGGCCGCUUUUCUUGUUCACUAAUGACACGUUGGCUUCUCUCACUGUGAGGCAGUCUUUCACAAACCUAGGACUUUCCGAAUCUGUCGCAGGUUUUCAGACAAACAACCCUUCCAUCAUUGAUCUCUCUCUCAUCGAUGCUUACCAGGAAGUGGUGGCUAGUCUUGGAAGAAAAAAAGUGAUGAUAAUACUUGACAACCACACAAGUAAGCCAGGUUGGUGCUGCAGUAAUUCUGAUGGGAAUGGCUUUUUUGGAGAUGAGUAUUUUAACCCACAACUAUGGUUAAAGGGCUUAACCAGGGUUGCCACCACUUUCAACAACACCAAAAAUGUCGUCGCCAUGAGCUUGAGGAACGAACUCCGUGGCCGCAGACAAAACGUCAACGAUUGGUACAGGUACAUGCAAAAAGGAGCCGAAGCGGUACAUGCAGCGAACCCUAAUCUUCUUGUAAUUCUAUCGGGAUUAAAAUUCGACAGAGAUCUCUCGUUUCUUCUAAAAAGACCAGUGAGCUUGAGUUUCUCAAACAAGUUAGUAUUCGAGCUGCACUGGUACGGUUUCUCUGACGGGCUGGCAUGGCAGUCGGGCAACCCAAACCAAGUGUGUGGGCGGUUAGUGGGCGAGACAACCAAAAAAGCCGGUUUCCUACUUGACCAAGGCUACCCCUUGCUCCUGAGUGAGUUUGGGGUGGACAUGAGGGGUAGUAAUGUCAAUGACAACAGGUUCUUGAAUUGCUUCAUGGGAUGGGCAGCUGAACAAGAUGUAGAUUGGGCGUUGUGGGCUCUUACGGGGAGUUACUACAUACGAGAAGGUGUCGUUGGACUUGACGAAACCUAUGGAGUUUAUAACUGGAAUUGGGGCGAAAUCCGAAACCAAACCACCUUGCAAAAGAUAUCUGCUCUACAAUAUCCGUUUCGAGGACCAGGUUAUUCAGAAACACGAACACACAAAGUACUUUUCCAUCCCGAAACAGGACUUUGUGUAAAGAGGAUGUCAUUACUCGAGCCCUUGGUUUUAGGACCAUGCUCCGAGGCUGAAGCAUGGAGCUAUAGUACUCCACAAAAAACCUUAACAAUAGUGGGCACAUAUUUCUGCCUUGAAGCAGAUGAAUUAGGGCAGCCUGCAAAACUAGGUAUAUUCUGCAGCGAUGCCACUACGAAAUGGGAAGCUAUUUCCGAAUCUAAGAAUCAUCUCUCUUCGAAACUUGGCGACGGUACCAAAGUUUGUUUGGACAUAGAUUCGGACAACAACAUUGUCACAAACAACUGCAAAUGCUUGAAUAGGAACAGCAAGUGCGAUCCAGGAAGCCAGUGGUUCAAAAUUAUCGACAGCACAAGAUCUGCUACAACUGAUAACAACUUACUCCACCGUGUGAUCGGAUCAAUCGUGAAGCUUAUUGCAAAGAUUUUCCUAGGUAGUUUUAGCUUAUAGGAAGACAAACACAUGUUCUAGAAGCAUUAUACAGUUCAAAGCAUACCGGUAAUUAUGCAAGAUUCUAAUUCGAAAUAAAACACUGCCUGCACAGCAAUUUAUAGUUU